AUGUCUGGAAAUAAAUUAUUCCAAAAACUCAAAGAAUUAGGAUUCGAAGAUUGGGCUAAGUCUCAAGGCAUAUCUCCUUCAUUAUUGCCCCAGAACCCUCAGUCGCUUGAAUGAAUUUUUGCAUUUCCAAGAAUUAAUAACUUGUUGCAAUGGCUUCUCGUUUCUAUGAACGAAACUCAGUUUCUUACUGCGAAGGAACUAGAAGUCUAUGAAGGCUUAGAAACAAAGCUGGACUAUGAAUCUCUGCAAGAAAUCAUUGAAUUGCUUGAUAUUAAUAGUUAUAAAUCUGAUCUCAUCAACUUGGUCCAGCCGAGUCUUAUUGAAGAACUUCAAAAACAAAAGCAAGAGCAAGAACAAGAAAUAGUUCGCCUACAAAAUGAGCUACGAAACGAAGAAGAAAUCGAAAUAAGCAGUUUAAUGACUUCUCUGCAAAGCCAAUUUAAUGAAAGUCUUAAAGGGCUAUUUGAAACUCUAGAAAUUUUUUUGAAGCGAUUUAAUUCAAGCUCAAACGUCCUAUCAAUUUCAUUGGUCCAAGAAUACACCUCAACUGAUGAGCAGCUAUCAAGACUUGUAAUCCAAUAUUCCAAACAAAUUGAAGAGGUCGUGCAAGCAAUUGAUUUUAGCGUUCACCACCAUUGCUUGAUGUCAGAUCGAGCUGAUGAAUACACAGAGCUCUGCGCUGAAAGGGUUAAAUUGCAAUCAUUAUCCCUUAAGAAUCUUGAACAAGAAACUAAAGCUUCUGCUGCAAAACAAAGAUAUGAGUCUGCUUUGCAAGCAUUAGAAGAUAUAGUACUGAGAGAGCAAAAAGAUAAAUUCUUACAAGAUGAUAUUAUUAAUGCCAAAACUAAUAUGAUCAAACAAGAACUAGAUGCGCUUGAAAAAGAAAAUGAAAAAAUAGUCAAUGAAGAAUUGUGCUCAGUUAUCAAAGAAAUCGCAAAACUCCAAGCUGAAGAAAAUUUAUCAGAGUCGCAUAACGAACUUUCUGAUAAGAGAUGUGAGUAUGAAGGGAUCAAGCUGCAAGAAGUCACAAGAUUGUUAGAGGAACAAAAGAAAAAACAUCUACUGGCAAUGGCUGGAAUUUUGCUAGAACAAGAAAGAGUUCAAAGUGAGUACGACUGCUUGUUUGAGAUAAAGACUUUUCUUGAAGAUAUCAAAGCACAAACCGAUUUCAGAAUAGAUCAGUAUAGGACUUUUAGAAAUAGGCGUGAGCUGCAAUUAGCUGAAAGAAAAACAAUAGACGAAAGAGAUGCAACACUUAACGAGCUCCACCAGAUAAUUGAAACUCAAAAUCAAAGCACAAAUCUUACCUAUGAUAGACUUAUAGAGAUGAUUCAAAAAGUUUUUGAAAAGCAGGAAGAAGCGAAGCAGGCUUAUAAAAGGUCAAUUGGAGCCAUAUUAGAAUCUUCAAAAACCAUGCUUUUUGAAUCUGAAAAAUUAUUGGAUAACUUAGACAUAAUAAAAAGUGAGCAUAGAGCUGACGGUAGAGAAAACUAUUUAUCACUAUCAACCUUGCUUAAAGACCAGGAACAGAAAUUGAAUAAAAUUCUUCUCGAUGUUGAACAAACUAGGGUAAAUUUCAAAGUUAGUCCUUCAGGACUUACUGAAAGAGAACUGUUUGUUGAAUUUUUAACUACACCAGAAAAUCAAACCCCCCGAUAUUUAAAAGAUUGUGAGGAUGUUUUAUAA